GCGGAGAAGGCUGAGCCAUUGAGACUACUCCUUCGAAAAACAGAGAAAUUCUAGUGGGAUUCCUCGCAGGAACUCGCUAUGCAAGAGCUUAAAGAUGAAUUCAAGGAGGGAGGACGCAUACUGGGCGUGCCGUUCUUUGAUGAUGAGGCUGGGAGACCCUUCAUAGUAGCCACGGAUGCUGGACCUUGUUCGGUAGGAGGGUUGCUGUCUCAGAAGGACGCUGAAGGGAAGGAAAGACCAUUAAGAUUUGAGAGUAGGACACUUAAUACGGCAGAGCGAAACGACAGUCAAUUCAAGAAGGAAGUAUUAGCUGUUUUGCGGUGUCUAGACACGUUCAGACAUUAUAUCUAUGGACGACGGUUCAUCUUGAGAGUGGAUCCCACCGCGGUCGCCUCUGUCCUCCAGACGGACUUUAGCUUGACAGACCCGACCAUUGCACGAUGGUUAAUACGGAUUCGACUCUAUGAUUACACAGUAGAGAGGAUAUCUGGCACUAAAAAUGUCGUAGCGGAUGGGCUCUCUCGGAUCCCUCUUGAGGGAGAGCGCCCGAUAGUAGCUGGAGCCCUGACAAUGGCGGAGCCGAGACGCGCCGAGAGAUUUCUGGUUAACCUUUACGAGGGCAAGUACCGAACGAUCGGGCUACACCUGACGGGAGAGGAGAGUCGAGAUUUAGAUAUCCGGAGACAAGCAGCCCAAUACUGCCUUAGAGCGGGUCACCUUUUCCGAAGGCCAGUAGGCUUGGGGAUGCCCUUACGAGUAGUCUGUGACCCUGAGGAGAGACAGACAAUAGUUGCAGAGCUUCACGAUGGGGUAGUCGAAGGAGACAGGGGAGUCAGAGGGACCUACGAAAAGGUACGCAGGCUGUACUGGUGGGAAGGACAGUAUAAGGACGUCGGGAGUUAUUGUAUGACCUGCGAAGAAUGCCAGAAGAGAGCUCUUGUGAAAUACAAAGAGCCACUUCAUCCAUUCCAUUCAACCCGACCAGGAGGGAAGGUACACAUCGAUCUGGUGAAGAUGCCGAAAGGGGUAGGCAAUAUGAACUAUGUUGUGAACAUACGAGAUGACUUCACAGGGUUCGUGGACGGUAGACCUAUCAGGAGCUCUCGAGCCACUCUCGAGUAAUUAUUGGAAAAGAGUUAUUGACUAGUUUGCUGUUCCGAGCCUGUCCAAACUAAUCCCAGAUCUAGGAAACAACAAAUAUCCGGUUGAAUC